AUGAGGAAUCACUAUGACUAUGUCUUAAUAUCUGGCGAUUUCGCUAAUAUUUAGCCUAAUCAAGAGGGUGGUGUAUCAUAAGAGGAGGAAUAAAAAGCAGAAUAGGAAAUAGCUGAUAUCCUUGAAUAGAUUGAAAAGAUUGUAGAUGUCCCGAUAUUUUACAUUCCUGGCAACCAUGAUCCAAAUAGUCUACUUUUACCUGCAGAUAAGAGAAGCAAUUUAACUUAUAAUUCAAACAACAUUCACAAUGAUUGGACUGAAUUAAGACCUAACUUAGCUCUAGUAGCACUUGGUGGUUCAACUAGAUCAGAUUUUUAGAAAUAUGGAUCUUUAGAGUAAAGUGAAAUUUACUUCCCUUAUCCUUAUUCUACUGAUGAACAGUUUAAAAAAGAUCUAGAUGGUUUAAUGGAAUAGGAAUCUAUGCCUAGGAAUAUUCUACUAAUGACUCAUGAUGGUCCCAGAGGAAGUAGUACAGCUUAAGAUAAGACAACUUUCCUUGACACAGGCAUUAUUCAUUUUGGAUCACCUUACCUAGCGAAAUUGCUAUAGCAAAACCAAGGCAAAAUCAUUUGUAAUUUGCAUGGUCAUUGCCAUGAAGGAGCAGCUCUGGAUAAAAUGAAAAACAUAAGAAUAGUUAAUCCAGGCAGUCUGAAACAUGGUGAAUUCGGAGAGUUAAAGCUUAAGGAAAACCCAGAUGGAAGUUGGAGAGUAGCUUGUUUCAACAAACAUUACCUUAAUUGA